UCGUUGUAACCCUUCGCUGUGUGUAGGAUCACCUAAACUCCAACUUGGAAUAUAAAAAAGUGCACGGCUCUCAUCUAAUAGCGCUAUGCCUUGUAUGGGAUAUGUCCCGCAGAUUUCCACACUUGGUUGUGUAAUAGUGAGGUCUAGGCCAUCUGCAGUGUAGACUAUGUAGAUGAAAAGCGUGUGCUGCAGGAGCUGGGGCGGACGAUCUGUGGCACCUAUCUCAGCACCCAGGCGAACGAAAAACAUAGCAAAACAUAUAGUAGCUAGCACAAUUUUCAUGAUUUGUUCCAUUUCUAAUCGUUAGAACCACAGGCCAUGCUAUGAUGUAUAAAUUUGGGUGCCGGGAAAUUUAUAAUGUAUCACAAGGGGUUGUCGAUCGUUAACUUGUUGUUUGCCUUAUCAAAUACCUCGAGAGCCUGCCCAUACUACAUGAAGGUUCACUACCGGGAUCGUGUUGGUUAUUCGAGGGCCCCUACCGGGAGAUUGAAUUGUUUUGUACAUGAGAGGCUUCGUGGCGCGCGAUAAUGACGUUAGCUUCGCUUGCGCCCCGCGUGUGAUAAACAGCGGGCCAUCAGAGUCUUGAUGUCUCAAUGCUGAUCUGACUUCAGCAGGUGACAAUCCUGUACCAAUACUCUCAUGUGUGUGAAGCGAAUCCUUGUUAUCGCUGGCUCCGACAGCUCUGGUGGAGCCGGCCUAGAAGCCGACCAGAAGGUCAUCGCUGCACAUGGCUGUUAUGCUAUGACUGCCACUACGGCCUUGACAGCACAGAAUACUUUGGGAGUACACGAUGUUCAUCACAUACCUCCUCUAUUUCUCCGCAAACAGAUUGAUGCAUGCCUCGAUGACAUUGGCGUCGAUGUUGUCAAAACAGGCAUGCUCGCAUCUGCAGAUACGGUGAACAUGGUUGCAGAUGCCUUCCGUGCCCACGGAAUCAGCAACACGGUAGUAGAUCCAGUGCGUCGCCCUCCGAACGACAAUCUUAUGAACACAACAGCUAAUGGGCAGGUGAUGGUAUCCACAAGUGGAUCACGACUACUUCCCACGGAAGCCGUACAAACCCUCAUUGAGCAGCUUCUUCCUCUUACGAAAAUUCUCACCCCAAACUUGCCCGAAGCAAAACUACUUCUUCAAGUGGCUGGAAUAGAUUUCAAGGAGCCUGAAACAAUCGAUGAUAUCGUUUCCAUUAGCCAGAAACUACAGUCCCUUGGUCCAGAGUACGUAUUACUUAAAGGUGGCCACCUUCCCUUGACUAUAGGUCGGCUUGUUUCGAAGAAUGAAGCAGAUCAAGACAUUGUGCUUAAUGUCUUGCACGGAGCAAAUGAGACUGCACUGAUAGAAACACCAUACCAAAAGUCAAGAAACACCCAUGGUACCGGCUGUUCAUUAGCGUCUGCGAUUGCAUGCAACUUGGCUUCGGGUUUGAGCAUGAUCAGCGCCGUCAAGAAAGCAAACCUGUAUGUUGAGGCUGGUAUUCGAACCAGCAAAGAUCUUGGGAAGGGCAGUGGUCCAAUCAACCAUUUCCAUUCUACCUAUUCCCUGCCAUUCGCACCUGGCGGGUUCAUCGAUUAUCUUCUACAGCGAGAAGAUAUUGUGGAUUCCUGGAAACGAUACACGCACCAUGAGUUUGUUGCGCGGAUGGGUGACGGGACUCUGCCAACAGAGAAGUUCAAACAUUACUUGAUCCAAGAUUAUAUGUUUCUUUCGGCUCAACAAGUGUUGCAUUUGCAGCAGGAAAUAAAGCUGCACAUAGACUUUUGCAAAGAUUAUGGACUGUCGGUCAGUGAUCUAGAGAAUCAGGAAGAGGACCAGGCAUGCACUGCAUACACAAGAUAUGUCCUCGAUAUUGGUCAGUCUGAAGACUGGCUAGCUCUUCAGAUCGCCCUCCUUCCUUGCCUUAUCGGAUACGGUAUCAUUGCUCGCCGCCUGUUUGAGGAUCCUGAAACAGCAAGAGAAGGAAACAGGUACUGGAAAUGGAUUCAGACAUACGUAGCUGAAGACUAUUGCGAGGCAAUGGAAAUCGGGAAAGGUACGUCAACGUCGUGAG